GAAGCUUUUUGGUCUGUUCAACAGCGUCUUUUCUUAAGCGGCAGCAGAAGCAGCAGCAGCCCCAGCUAUGAAUGCCGCAUGUUAAUAGCUGCCGCUUGGGUCCCUCAGCUGCUGCUGGAGACAGAGCUUGACUCCGAAGUUGUGCAACUGUGGACUGGGAGAGACAUUUGAACCCUCCUCUCUUGGCUCCGUUUUUAUCCCCUCGGUGUGUGUGAAACUAGGAAACAUAAAGGAAGACAAGCAUUUGCCUUUUUUUUUUUUCUUCUUCCCUUUUCUCCGUGGCUGUGGAGCAGAAGAGGGGAAAGGAGAGACUUUUUGUUGUUUCCUUGGCUGGGGUCUACACCCUCCUGCUGCCCCUCUGCGCUUUGGUUAUCGUUCUUUGCCGCGUGUAGUGGGGGUGUCUUCGCGGCGGCUGAUCGGUCUUUUGCCCCGGGCCCCACGGCUGGAUUGUGGAAACUGCACCCUGCUGCAGGUUGUUGAGCAACUGAUGGGACGAUCUCAGGGACCGGCGGUUACGAAAGAAAUGUUUAAAUGUUCAGUAAAUUGGAGAAAAAAAACAUGGAUUUUUAGCAACUGAAGAGCAAAUUAAGGCUUGUUGACCUCUCCACCUCUGUGACUUCAUCUGCUUUGUUAUCUACUGGCUGCAUUAUGAAGCCUCUGGAUUCAUAUUUGGGAUAUUGCUAUUUGUGUUUUUGAAGAAUACUUCUUUUUGAGUUAAUUUUUUUUUUUAACCAUCGGUCUUGGGAUACAGAAGAGGAACCAGAAAGACACUAAUUUUGUUUCACAUUUGAAACACUCGCUCUUGAGGCACUCUAGCACCUGAUUACAUAACCAUGUGGCCAGCACAGCUACUCGUCUUCAUGAUGCUCUUAGCACCGACAGUUCAUGGUGGCAAGCACAAUGAACGGCAUCCAGCCCUCCCUGCUCCACUGCGACACGCUGAGCGCAACCCCGGAGGCGCUCUACCACCCAGACAUCUCCUUCAGCAGCCAGCUGCAGAGCGCGCCACUGCUCAUCGCAGACAAGGGCCCCGUGGAGCUACCAGAGGAGUUCGUGGUCCAGGUGUCCAAGGAGCCCAGAUCACAGCCCAAGCUUUCAGCCGCGCCCCAAUACCCAUGGCUGUGGUCCGCAGAGAACUCUCCUGUGAGAGCUACCCCAUUGAGCUCCGCUGUCCGGGAACCGAUGUCAUCAUGAUUGAAAGUGCCAACUAUGGGAGGACUGAUGACAAAAUCUGUGACUCUGACCCUGCUCAGAUGGAGAACAUACGAUGCUAUCUCCCAGAUGCCUAUAAGAUUAUGUCUCAAAGGUGCAAUAACAGGACCCAGUGUGCAGUGGUGGCCGGUCCUGACGUUUUUCCAGACCCGUGUCCGGGAACCUACAAGUACCUUGAAGUGCAGUAUGAGUGUGUUCCUUACA